CAAGUGACACAUCAACUUUACCUCCAACUUUACAUCAAAUCAAGUAAUUAAAUAGAUUUGCACAAUCCAAGCAUUUAAUGUGCUUUCAAUUAGUUGAUUCACUAUGUAUUAUAUAUUCAUUAUGCCCGAAUUGCUAAAACACACCAAUGCAUUCUUCUACCAUAUUUGAGUUCUUUUUCUUCCUUGAGAUGGCCGAAAAUUCUCAAAGAAAUUCCAGGACAAUGUUUACUCCGAUUUUUGAGCUGGACAACAAUCGUACAUCUUGGAUUCUCAAGUUAAGGGCUAUUCGUGUUUACUUUGUUCCAAGGUGGGCGAAAGGCGGAGAUUCUAUGGAGAUCUUCUUUCACGAUGAGCAUGGAACGAGGAUUCAUGCACAUCUUAACCGACCGGAAAAAAGGAAGUUUGAAAACCAAAUCACCGAGGAUGGUGUUUAUGCCAUUUGAAAUGUUUUUGUUCACGACAACCUACUAUCAAAGUUUGAAAACAACCACAAAUGAUAAGCUCUUGGGUUUUUUCAGAGAAACUGAAGUGAAAACAUUGAAUCUGAGUGAUUUUCCACGGAUCAUGUUUGACUUAGAAUUAUUUCCAGUUCUUCAAAGCCAACCAUGUUUGAAUGAUCAAGUUUUGAUUGGUAUUAUUUCAUUAACCAAAGCCCUUCUUUUAAAUGACAUUUAUUACCCAAACAUCUAUCAAGAAAAAGUUAGUUCAUAU